AAGUUCUGAGGUGCGACUCACCUGGGAAGAAAAGCAGCUGCAGGUGUAUUUUUGACUCCUUUGAACAUCAGCUAGUUUAAGACAUCUACUGCAAUGAGCACUUUUGAGAAACAGACAGAACACGUUGUAAGAGCCUUAUUCUCUGAUCUCUUAAAUGAAGAGGAAAGUGCUUACCGAUGUUUGGAGAAAGAUUCAGGAGAAUCUGAGCAGAAUGCAGACGAAACUCCAGGUAAUUUUGACCCAGUUGUUAUUGCCAGUCGUUUGCGAAGCAUAGGGGACCAGUGCAACAUAGAUUUUGAAAAUUCCUCACAUGUUGUUGCUGAAGUACUCAAGGGAAAGGUAGAGAAGUUUGGGGCUGCAGUGGAUUCUCUUAGCAGGAGCUGGAGUAACCAGAAUCCUGAGUUUUGCUAUGAGAGAGCUUUUCUUGCUGUUUGUGUGAAAUUGGCAAUGUGUGUUGCAAAGAAAGUCCCAGCUAUGCUCCAUCGCAUUCAACUCAUAGAGCUGAUUAAUGGAAAUUCCCAAGUGAGAAGCUACAUUGAGUCCUCUGGAGGAUGGGUGAGCAUACAAAAUUUGCCUUAG